AUGUCGCCCGAGCUCUGUGGCAUUGCGCUCCUGAUUGCGCUCUGUGGUGCUGCACUCUGUGGUGCUGCGCUCUGUGGCGUUGCGCCUGGGCGAGUGACACCUGAAGAUAACGUGGACACGCUUCUUCCCAAUGCUCUUUUUGCGCCACCCGCGAAUGCCGUCGUGUCUGUGGCCAAACUCGCGUCGUCGACAGACCUCGAGCGUCCGAUUCAACCGAGCAGCGUGCUCGGCCGGUCGUCGGUCGGUGCGUUGAUUGCGACUCCGCACGUGCCAGCGUCCGAGGGCCAGUACACGCUCGCGACGGGCGGCGUUGGUCGGUUUAUCGACGGCUUCAAGGCCGAGCGCGUGACCGUGGUCGCAGUGCCACCGCCGCUGACAGCAGUGAUGAAUCGUCUUUUGGAGAUGCCGUUUGGCGCGACACUGGCCGUGGCGACCAUACAAGACAUGUUGUUUGAGCACGCGGCGCUGCUGACAAAGUCGCUGCAUCAUUGCAUCGAGCUUCUCGUGCAGCAUGGGCUGUUUGCGCUGGCAUCGUCUUGA